GGUGAGCCACGGCCCCAUGAACAACACCAACAUGGUGUACGGGGUGUGUAACGCCGAGUCAGGCUAUCAUAGUCAGGCAUACUCUUCCGAAUUACAACACUACUAUGCGCAGUGUCAGUCUCACGAGGUUGUACAGGGCCAGACCUAUAUCCCGCCCGCCCUCACGCCCACGGACCACCACCGCCCGCAGCACACGAACCUGCAGGACGCCCACGUGCCCUCGUCGUACACCAACUUGGACGAUUACAGCAGCGUCGGAUACCCCGGGCACGCAGCAGGAGGCAUGAGCGCCGCACAGCACCACGUCACGCAGGGCUACGACUACACGAGCGCGGUGCAGGCGGCGGCCGUGGCGGGGGGCGUCGGCGGGCAGACGGGCGUGAUGUCGCCAGCAAGUGCGGGCUACCCGGGCUACUUGGACCCCGCCGCCCAGUACCGACACAUGAGCAUGGGGCUCUACGCCCAUCACGAGGGCGUGCGAGAGGCGUGCGGCGUGGGCGGCAUGAUGGGCGGCUCGCCACACGGCCUGCCGCACCACCAGCCGCAGCAGACGGUCCCCACCUACAAGUGGAUGCAAGUGAAGAGGAACGUCCCGAAGCCAGCGCCCAAGACGGACUACGGCGGCUUCGGCGGCGGGACGGGACGCACCAACUUCACCACCAAGCAGCUGACGGAGCUCGAGAAGGAAUUCCACUUCAACAAGUACCUGACGCGCGCGCGGCGCAUCGAGAUCGCGUCGGCGCUUCAGCUCAACGAGACGCAGGUCAAGAUCUGGUUCCAGAACCGCCGCAUGAAGCAGAAGAAGCGCAUGAAGGAGGGCCCAUCCCCCCCGACCCCCCACCGUGUCACCCCGCGAGAACAGCAACGACUCCGACUCGACGACCAACACCAGCGGCGGCGCGGGCGGCGGCUCGGGCGGACCGGCGGCACCACCACCGGCGGCGGCGGCGGCGGCGGCGUGACCACCAAGCCCGAGUCGCCGGGCUCCGUGGGCGGCGGCACCAGCGCCUCCCAGCCCCUGCAGGUGCCCACGAGCGCCAGCAAGCCCAAAACGCAGGCGCUGCCCGCCACCACCCAGAGCCCCUCGUAAGGGCGCCCUUGGGCCUCGGGUCCGAAUGAGCUUUAACCCCGAGCCUCGCCGUGGGCGGUGGCAGGGUGAGGGCGGCGCCCGCGGCGGCCCCCGAGGGCCUGCCGCCGGGUUUGCCAAACGUUCUCAGGGUUCCUCUUAUCAUAGCCGGCAGUCGCGUCGUCGGGCCGCCCGCGGCUCCUUGUACCAGUGUCAGACGCACACCACUGCAGCAGAAGGCGGCACCUCCCGCCGCCCGCCUCCUCGACACGCCCACGCGCCCGCCAGGCCCUCGCCGGGCCAGCGGGGGCGCGGGGCGCCCGAGAGGGCCUGCCGUCGAUCGCGGAACCGAACCUUGUGAUGCAACGCGUGCAACUCUCUCUCGCAACGUCUCUUCUUCGCGUCCUGAGCGCCGGCGCCCCGGGCCCCGCGCGGCGCCCGGCGAAGGGGCUGCAGGUGCGGCCCCGGGAGAUGCGGCGGCGAAGGGCGCGCCCCGGGGGUCCGCCUGGGCUACCUUGUCACUGAUCCUGUCGGGCCUGUGGGACCUGCAGGAGUGGCUGCAGGACCUCUCGGCUUCUAGCGACGUCACGGCGGUGGCUGUCAUCAUCACUCUUCUAGCUCAGGGAAUUUGAUCACUUCAUGCUGCAGCCUUUCACGCUGGCCCUUGCCGGCGGGGCUCCCUCGAGCGCGCGCGCGCCCGGAGGAGCCGCGCCGCAGGAGGUCAACCUCAUCGGCCUCUCUUCAUCGGACUUCUUCUGGGAUGAAAGUCGUUUUUUAUUUUGUCAAUCUUUUUUUAUUUCAUUUGACUUCCUGGCUUGAGCUUCGAGGCUUAUUUUUGAAUGUUAGAAAAGAAAAAACAAACGAAAGUGACAAUGCGGAGGCGACCCCGGCUUUCCCAGGCUUCACGUGCAAUAUUCUUUCUGUGGGAAGGUUGUGGUGUCUUGAAUAUGGUGACAUGAGGAUUAGUUGAAAGUGUAAUGUAUGUAGUGAUGGAUGUGUAUAUAUUAUAUAAAUAUAUUUUUCUGGUAAACAUACCAUAUUGUCCGCAUUGUUGGCUGCAAUAGGGAUGUCCCCUUUCAAUGCUAUGUAAUAAGUUAAGUAUAUUAUUUUAUUUUUUUCGUCAUUUUCUAAUAAAAAAAAAUCAUUUUCACGGAUAUUAUUGCAUCUGAUGUCGAUCAUUCACUGGGAAUCCAUCAUGCAUUAUUAAACCUUUACAUUUGAGAUGCCAGUCAUCACAAACUGAGGAAGAUAAGUUAUUUAAUUUAGUGUCAUCACACUUUUAGAAUUCUUAAAAGUGUGAUGACAAAAAGAUGAUCAAAAGGGAGAUAUUAUGAUCGCUAUAUCUUAUUAAAAAUCAUCCUUCAAGUAAAAAAAAAAAAAAAAAAACUAUGGAGGGAGUGGCGUGAAAACCCGAAUAAUAGUUCACGCAAAAUUUUGAAGAAAAAAAAUCAUACCACAAAAAAAAAUAUAAUAAUAAUAGAAAAGUUCAGAUCAUCUUUUUUCUUUUUCUUUUCUUGUUUUCACGGGAAAAAAUCACAGAAAAAAAACACACCAGAUGCCUUUAAUAUUUAUCUAAUGACAUAAAAUGAGCAAGUUUAUAUCGGGUUUCAAUCAAGCUUUUGUUAUUUUACAUCUGUGUGUGGACAAGUAACAUACACUUUGUCAGACAUUGAUACAUUCCACAAUCGCUGGUCCUACCCCCCCCUUACCCCCCCCAUCCCCGUUUUCAAUCACCUUCCCC